AUGCCAGUCAAUUUUGAGUGGGAGGAAUUGAUUUUCUCUAAGGGAACAUUGAUCUCUCUCGUCUUAACUGUCUGUUUCCUUCUCUUCACGCUGAAAACAUCCCCCAUCCAUCCCAAAGGGUGCCGGCGUCUUGGGCUUCCACCAGGAACGAGCAAUUUGGACGAUGAAUACGACUCAAAGUAUGCAUCCGGUGUGCCUCAAACCCAGGAUGAUCAAGGUCGCCCAUCGUGGCGCGUCAAGGCGUUGUUCAGCUAUCCUCUCAAAUCAUGUCGCGGAGUUGAGCUUGAAGCCUCAAAUGUAGUCCCCACUGGACUCGAGUACGACAGGCAAUUCACCUUUGCCGGAUACAACAACGACAAGUGGAACAUCCGUACCCUGCGCAACAAAGGCUUCAACCGCCUGGCACUGGUCGAGCCGGAGAUUUGGAUCCCCGAUCCAUCCGCCCAUGACUAUGAUCCCUCUUCAACCGAGGUGCAAUCCCACGGCGUGUUGGUCAUCUCGUACCCACGCAUCGCACCCGCAGGAAUACAAGGGCAACUUGUGAAAAUCGGCAUGGCGCUCAACAUCUGCGACAAGCGACGUCAAUUCCAAGUUCCACUGCAUCCACCUGCGGAGUCCAAAUUCCCCGAAGUUCCCGUGAAGAUCUGGAAGGACAGUCCCAUCGCUCUCGACUAUGGCGAACUGCUCCCAGCCUCGCUGCACGAGUAUCUGGAAUCGGACCCAGCAAAGCGGGAAUUAACAUUGUUCCGUGCGAGCGCAUCGCACACGCGCGAAAUCUUCCGCAAUGCCCCGACCAAAGAGGACAUAGGAUUCCAACCCAAUACUGCCUUUGCAGAUGCGUAUCCCAUUCACCUACUGAAUAUGUCGAGUCACCGGGAUGUGGCGUCCCGCUGUGCCUAUGCCAUUCCGCGACUGAGCAUUCGGCGGUUCCGCGCAAACAUCAUUGUUCAAGGGCCAUCGUCCUUCGACGAAGAUCACUGGAAGCGGGUCUCAAUAGGAGGUACUGAAAUCUAUACUUCCUGUCGGACUGUUCGGUGCCGGCUGCCAAAUGUCGACCCGGACUCCGGGGAUAGACACAAGGCUGAGCCGGACAAGACGCUGAAGUCGUAUCGGCGAAUCGACGAGGGAGACCCGACGAACGCAUGCUUGGGCAUGCAGCUUGUUCCGUCGAAGGGAGAAUUUAUCUUGCGCGUUGGGGACAAGCUUGAUGUUCUUGAGACCGGACUGCACCAGUACAUCAAGAUGUUGGCUCCGGGGGAGAAGGUCGAGGGCGUGUGA